AUGACUUUUCUGUAUGAUGUGGUUUUUGCACUCAGCCUUGUCACUUCUGGCUUUGGUCCCCUUUUGUAUUGCUCGAGUCUCCUAAAUGACUUCUCGCUCUCUGGUCAAGAUUCGGUACUCCUCGACAAAAAAUCGGGAUAUUCUCAUACCUGUUCUCCAGAAAACUCUUCUACCGUAUCGGAGCGUUUGGCAUAUAUGACAACGACAUCCAUGACACCCUCCUCUUCAAGCCAUUUGGACGGGAGUCAUAGACUUAGCCACCUCCUCCACCCUGGUCUCACAUACGGGCCCAGUAAGAGAACAGGGCAGGUUGAUAACGGAGAAAAUAAAAGAAAUGCGCACAAUGUACAGACCAAUACCCAGGAGUCACCGCAAUCUGUCAUUUUCUCCCCUGUCGGGACUACCCCUUAUAUGCUGCCUCCAAUAGAGACAAAUGCACUUGUGGCCAAAGACGGAGUUCUGAAUGCCAAAUCUGAAAAGAAUCCAGUUACAUAUCCUCGCGUUGUACUUUUGAUCUCUGCUAUUUCCGGGUCCGCAUGGAAGUUUAUUUCCAGAGUCUUGCAAGUGACCUCCUUGUUCUUUGUGGGCUUGAUCAUAGGCAUCUCCUUCUCGUAUUCUGGUGCACUAUUAUCACUAUUGAAUGUAUCUUUGCGGAACUGUGGAUAUAUGACCGUCCAGGGCUUAUACAGGCGUAUCUCGGGUUGGCUUCUCAAACGGCGUUACUUCAAAAUGGCCCCGAAACACAAGCAGCCUCUUCGACCAAGUCUGAAUGAAGCCACGAGCCGAUACCACCACUCUCUGUUUUGCUCGUCUUCUACGGACUGCGUCGAUUGCAAAACUAGAGAAAGUAGUUCUGAUGUCGAGAAACUCCCCAUGAGCGAACUUGACGAUGUGUUCAUAUCAUCCGAUGACGAAGGCUUCUAUGCGUACGAUUGCUCCUGUUCGGACUUGGAAAUGGAAUCUCGUUAUGCUUUCGCGUCACCUUUUGAAAGUGGUGGCUUCGUUGAUCGACAUAUGGAUCAUUUCUAUCGUGGUGAAAUCGACUUAGCUGACAAGCAAGGCGCCAAACACAACAUUCCGGAUGAUUCAAAGUCCAUUUGUCGUGAUAUUGACUCUAGCGCCCGGUUUCACUAUGCGCCGACGAUGUUAAACACUGAAGUCAAAAGUCCUGCUACUCAGACAACCCAUGCGCUGGCAGAUGGUAGCGGUGGAGUUUCUCGCUCCGAUCCUGUUGAUUCUGAUGAUAUCGCUAUGAUGAGUCCGUCUCUUGAGGACCAAGAUCACUUCCCCAUCUCUCCGCUUUACAUACCACCCCACAAGCGCUUUUCUGGUCUUCAUGCGAAAGAAGCUCGUUCAUGGAAGAACGAGAGCUUGCCACCGGCGCUCACUUCUCUGGAAGCAACACAACUACCUAAAUCACGUCAGCUACAGUACGAGUUUUUCAAAGACUUCCUCAGGAGUUUCGGCAAGCGACGCCAAGCACCCACUGUUCUGUCUACUUCGGAAGGUAAACCGCCAUUUCACUGCGAGCUUAACUGGAGAAAUAGGGAACCGAAGACUCCUUUGGCUGGAAAUCGGAGCUCUUCUCGUCCAGUAGGGCUGGAGCGGGUCGUUGGAAAUAUCGGUGUCGUGAAGUCUAAAGACCCAGUCGUGCCAGACAAACUACAUGAUGAUAAUGCAGGGAUGCAAAAUAAGGUGUCGAGAAUAUUACCCGGAAGUGACACUCUUUGCCCUGCGCCAGCGGCUCAGAAGGUUGAUGCGAUUCCUUGUUCCCAGUGUCGUUCCAAAGUUGGCUCGAGCCUCGAUAGCCGCUUCAAAGCUCUCGGCAUACCCGAUUUUUUGAGUGGUGGUGUAGAGGAAAGAAAGAAGGAUAGGUCGGAUACGACGCAAGUCGAAGUCAUACCGUCCCGAAUCCUUUUGCUUCGCGAUGUUUCAAUCGUGGGCAGACGUUCUCCCGAGAAAGGGGUGCCCUCUGACAAAGGAUCGGUCGAGUUUGACAAGCAUAACGAUUGCAAAUACAGGGGUUCUAAAAGUACUGGAAUUGAGCAUGUCCCUGACGGCGACGAGUUCUGA